AUGGGUGAGAAGUGACCCAGAACUCUGGUUCAUCUCAGCUGAAUCUUCAGCUCGUGGCUAACGUACCCCCGCAGGUUGCCGCAUGCCUGGUGGUGUUCACAACCCACAUGACCUCUGGCAGCUUCUCAUGUCGAGGCGCAUUGCCAAUACUGAUCGGGUCCCCAGUUCCCGGUUCAACAUCGACGCCUAUCUUCACCAGAGCUUAGAACGCCCUGGCAGUUUCAACGUGUCGGGAGGCUACUUCCUUGACGAUGAUCUCCAGGGAUUUGAACCCAAGGUGUUCAACCUCUCGCCCGUGGAGGCACUAUGGAUGGACCCCCAGCAGAAGAAGCUUCUCGAGGUCGUCUAUGAAGCAUUUGAAAGUAGCGGUACCAAGCUGAAGGAUGUAGCCGGAAAGAAGACGGGCUGCUACAUCGGGAAUUUUACGCAGGACUUCCAGCACAUGGCGGGUAAGGAACCUGAUUUCAACCACAAAGUCGUUGCCAAUGGUGUCGACCCGGGCAUGGUCGCGAACCGCCUGAGCUAUGUCUUUGAUCUGAAAGGCCCAAGGUCAGACCAGCUGCCAGAUUCCCAAGUAGCCUGUUUUUACUGACUCUAUCACAGCAUGAUGCUCAACACCGCAUGCUCAUCUUCACUCUACGCCUUGGAUCUUGCCUGCAAAGCUAUUGCCGCUGGGCAAUGUGACAGUGCAAUUGUAGGAGGAACCAACCUGAUUAUCGCACCAGACCAACAGAUGAACACGGCGAGAAUGGGUGUAAUGUCACGUACAAAUCAAUCCCAUACGUUUGAUGUAACAGCAGACGGCUAUGGGCGAGCAGAGGGUGUCGGGGCACUCUACAUCAAGCCCCUCAGCGCAGCCCUCGAGAAUGGCGACCCCAUUCGUGCCAUUAUCCGCUCAACAGCAUCAAAUUUGUAAGUUUCAUGUCGGACAGAGCUCUUACCUCGCGAUGAUUCGCAAAAUAGUUGCAUUUCAUUAACUCUGGCGUAGUAAUGGCAAAGGCACAGAGGGCAUCACACACCCUAGUGUGGAUGGACAGUUCAGGGUCAUGAGAGCCGCAUAUGAAAUGGCAGGGCUGGAUCCAAAGGAUACAUUCUAUGUCGAGUGUCAUGGCACGGGAACACCCGUCGGUGAUCCCAUCGAGGUCAGGGCAGUACACCGAGCUAUGGGUACCACCAGAUCGUCGGACAACCCCGUGAUGGUUGGAAGUGUAGGUUCGAAUCGAUAGGUCUCAUGUGAGAGAUCGUACUGACAAGACAAUAGGUGAAACCAAAUAUCGGCCACAGCGAAUCUGCCAGUAGCAUGGGAACCUUAAUCAAGGCUGUUUUGUCUCUGGAAAAUGGCGUAAUACCUCCCACUGCGGGUAUCACCAAAUUGAAUCCAAGCAGUAUGCCACUGGACCCAGUCCUCAUGAAAUUUAAACAGCAUCUUGACUAAUAUAUAAAUAGUCCCUUGGAACGAUGCUAAUGUCCGGGUCGUAAUGGAGCCUACGCCGUUCCCGAUUUCAAUGCCAUACCGUAGAAUUGGCGUGAGCGCCUUUGGCUAUGGCGGCACAAACUCCCACGCCAUCCUGGAGAGCUAUGAUGAUGCGCCUCACUCCUUCGGGCGCAGAUUAGACUUAACCAAAAGUGUUCCUGCACUGAAUGGCAAUGGCACUAAUGGUGUUACAAUCGACAGGCCUCACCUGCUGCUCUUCUCUGCUCAUGAUGAGGUCACACUGAAGCAUAUUCUGACCAACCAUUCAACCAGUUGCAAUGACGCCAAGAUGGUCGACCUGGCUUACACCUUGGCUGCCAGGAGGACAAAGCAUUCCAAGAGGGCGUUUGUAAUUGCCAGAAAGCAUACACUCGAAACCGAUAUUGCUGGGGCAGACGAGAAUAUUACUUCUGAGCCAAAGGCACCGGCUACCCCAGCUUUCGUUUUCACUGGUACGUUUGAGAAAACAAUAUAUUUCUCGGUAGCCACGAUGCUAACUGCCACAAUUUCUAGGCCAGGGCUCCCAAUGGGCCACCAUGGGCGCCAAUCUGAUAGAUGAUUUCCCAUCCUUCAGGCAAUCGAUCCAAAAGCUUGACCAGCACUUGGCCACCCUUUGCCAUCCUCCAUCCUGGAAGAUAGAGCGCGUACUAAGAGAACCAGAGGAGACCAGCCGGAUCAACGAGGCAGAGUUCUCCCAGCCUAUUUGCACUGCGCUACAGAUCGCACUGGUUGACUUGUUGGCCAGAUGGGGAAUCAAGCCAGCCGCAACUGUUGGACAUUCUUCAGGUGGGUGUUUUACUUGCGCGGAUAUGCUUAAGAUUGGCCGAGGGGUCAAUGCUAACAUCAUACACUAGGUGAAAUGGGAGCCGCAUAUGCUGCCGGCCGUAUUUCAGCCCAGGACGCUAUCAUUGCCGCUUACUACCGCGGUAUUGCAGCAGCAUCGUUGAAGACGAACGGGGCAAUGCUGGCCGUCGGCUUGGGCGCAGAAGAGUCUCAGAAAUAUAUCGAUGAGUCGCCUGCUAAAGGAAAGGUCGUCGUUGCCUGCCACAACUCUCCUAGUUCCAGCACACUCAGCGGGGAUCAAUACGGCAUCGAAAGCCUGAAAGCGAUACUCGACGAGAAAAAGGUGUUCGCGCGUGUCCUCAAGACCGGUGGAAAAGCAUACCAUUCUCACUUCAUGAAGGGCGGUGCCCAGGCCUAUGCGGACUACCUGGAGAAGGAAACCAGCGUCACAACGACACCCUUCCAGAAGAAACCGUGGUUUUCAAGUCUCAAGGCAAAGGCAAUCAGGGACGAUGAAGGAUCCGUGCCUGACUCUUACUGGGUUGAUAACCUCAACAACCCGGUGUUAUUCAACCAAGCUGUAAAGUUGAUGCUGGAGAACAUGCCCGAAGUGAACACACUGAUUGAGGUUGGGCCACACUCCUCAUUAGAAGGCCCCCUCAGACAGAUAUGCCAGGCAGCGAAGAAGAAGGACGUGACCUACUUCCCGACCCUAAAGAGAAAGGAAAACAGCACCGACCAAUUAUUCCGGCUGGCGGGCCGUCUAUGGGCCAACGAUGGAGAUAUGGAUCUGAGUGCCGUCACCGGCUUGGAGAAGGUGUCUGAGAAGGGAGAGAUCUUCACUGAGCGCGGGACGCUGCUGGUCGACCUGCCAUCGUACCACUGGACAUACUCCAAGAAGUAUUUUGCAGAGUCGCGAAUCAGCAGAGAGCAUCGUGGCAUGAAGGAGCCACGCCACGACAUUCUCGGUCGUCGUAUUCCCGGUACAUCAGCGCUCGAACCUAUGUGGCGCAACAUCUUGCGUCAAGGCGACUUGCCCUGGCUUGUACAGCACAAGGUGGCUGGCGAGGUUCUUAUGCCUGGAGCUGGAUAUCUUGCCUUGGCUAUUGAAGCAAUGACCCAGAUCAAUGAUCAAGCAGAAGAGCCACUAGUUGUUGAAAGCUUCACCAUUCGGAACUUGGCAAUCGCAACAGCUACCGUUGUCCCAGAUGAUGACACUGGAACCGAGACAAUCUUCGUAAUGCGGCCUCUAACGAGGAAACUCGAGGUCUCCACCAAUCACAAAACGGGCCAGUGGUAUGAAUUCACUCUCUCGUGCUACUCUUACGGAACAUGGAAGGAGGCCGUUCGAGGCAAGAUAGCCAUCAACGUCAAAGGCCCUGCGGCUAUUCAACCUCCCCAGCCUCUGCCCGAGACGCCGGACAAGAUGGAGUACCUGAACUGGCUCAACAAACUCCGAGCCUUGGGGAUUGAGCUGGGACCAGUGUUCCACCACAUCAGCAACAUCUACAGUGAUGGAAAGUCGCAUGCAGCGCGCGGAGACAUGAGAAUCGCCAAAGAGUGCGGCCUCAUGGAGGGAGAGUCACGAUAUGCUCUGCACCCAACUGUGCUGGACUCGAUUGUUCAGCCAGCCACUUUCGUCGCUCACAACGGCGUAGUUGAUGACCUGCGAACGGGCACAAUUCCCACUCACUUCGGCGAGGUGACGGUUUACCCGCCAACAGACGACCAGCUCACAAAGGAGGGUGCCUUGAAGGUGUGGGCGACAAACGUGGGAAACAGAGCGUUUUCCUGCAGUUGCGAGUUAAUCGCACACGACGGAUCGUUGAUUGCUGAGUUUUCUGACUGUGAUAGCUUGCUCUACAAUGCAGCGGUGCCUCCUGAGUAUCAGGGCUAUCUGCAGAAGGAUCUGUACCAGAAGAUUGAUUACAAGAUCGAUGCGGAUUACCUCAGAUGGGCUGAUGAGGCUGGUGCGCUCUCAUCCGACACGCUGAUAACUGUUCUAAAUGCACUCAUCUUCAAAGACCCAACCAAGCGAGUUCUUGGCCUUGACGAGUCCCUGGUUCCUCAACUACUUCGUAUAGAGUCACUCCUCAAAAUCAGUGUUGCCGCUAGGUCUCAAGAGAUUGCCGACUCCAUCAAUCGCCAGUAUUCGUACUCGGAUGCUAUUGACGUCAUUCAAUUCGACUUGAACUCCUGUGAUCACAGUACUCUUACAACAAAGUAUGAUUUGGCCGUUUUCUCAGCCUUCAAGGUCCCCGAACAACAGAUAUUGGAUCGCAUUCGUGGUGUGCUCGCCGAUAAAGGCCAGCUGCUGCUUGAUGUUUCAGGCUCAUCUGAGCUACAGAAGUGGCACGAGGCACUCAAGAGUUCCGGCUUCUCUGGCACUGAGUUGAGCCUAUCUGGAGGUACAAUCUUGACCAGUGUUGUUGAAGUGCCUAACGGACACGCUAAUGGUGAUACCAACGGACACGCCAAUGGCAUUUCUACUCCGAGCAAACCGACUGUUUCAAUUAUAUACAAGGAAGAGCCUACCAAGGUUGUCUCUCAAGUUUCUCAGGAGCUUAUUUCUCAAGGGUGGGAGACCCGCCUUCAGAAGUUCGACUCAUAUAAGCCGGUAGAGGCCGAGCGCGUCGUCAUGCUGGCAGAUGCAGAAGGCUCACUGCUUGCAACACUUGAAGAAGCACAGCUAGAGAUCCUCAAGCAAAUAACAGAAUCUGCCCAAUCCAUCAUCUGGGUAACCUGUGGCGGCCUUUUGGCUGGUGACAAGCCUGAAUUUGGUAUGGCCGAAGGCUUCGCGCGCGUUAUCCGUGCUGAAAAGACGUUCCUAGACUUCGUAACCGUGGAUUAUGAUGUUGAGCAGACCUCAGAUACCCGCGUGGCUUGUUUCGUUGCCGAUAUACUUGGAAGGCAACAAGAUCUAGGCAAGAAUGGUGAGAACGAAUACUGUCUCCAGGGAGGCGCGGUGUAUGUUGGACGACUGAUUGCAGACCGCGGGCUAAACAGGCAGUUUGCCCCCGACUCUGGCGAGGCAGUCACACUGUAUCAACGGGACGGGCCUUCUGUUCGCGCGUCUAUCAGCGAAGGUGUCAUUUCCUACAGAGGUGAUCCCAGAGAGAAAGCAGUCGGAGCCGACGAGGUCAAGGUCCAUGUGGAGGCCAUCGGCCUCUCUGCAGAAGACGGAUCUGAUGAGCGUACAUUCCUAAACCACGAGUUGGCAGGAACCGUCAUAUCGGUAGGCGAAAACGUGACGGACAUAGAGCUAGGGUCCAAAGUUGUCGGUUUUGCCGUGGAUAACCUGUCGACGUACCAGGUUACUUCAUCCAACCUUCUUCGACCUGUAACAACAUCUGCCUCCAUUGUUGAGGCGGCCACUAUCCCCUCAGCCUUCUCCACCGUGAUUUACGGUCUCGAAGAGCUCGCCAAAGUUGAGGAGGGCGAAACGGUAGCUAUCGUUGAUGGCAUGGGUGGCGUCGGUCUCGCUGCCAUUCAGUGGUGUAAACUUCUAGGAGCUGCAGUCGUGGUCAUUGCCACUUCCGAGUCUACCGAAGCUCUUCUUCUUGAUCAAGGCCUGGUUCCCAAGGAGCGCAUUGUGUUGGCUGUGGUGGGUGGGCUUUCAGCGAGACUGAAAGUAGCGACCGGCGGAAAGGGCAUCGAUGUUUUGUUCUGCUCGGCAAACUCAGAUGGGACUAUGAUCACGGAGUGUGGGCGAAAUCUGGCACACUCCGCGAGAGUAGUGUCAUGCGGCGCUACAGAUGAGCAAUCAGAAGCAUUGGCUGGCUUGCCAGUCAUUAGGAUGCGCCUGAGCGUUUUCCACUUCGACUUGGUAGACCUCAUUCGUCACCGGCCCAGAGUCGUAGCAAGGCAGGUUUCUGAAUCAAUUCCGUACUGUAAUGAUACUAACAAGUAAUAGAACUCUUCAAAGAUGUGUCGACGCGUUUCAAAAGGGCGACAUCAAGCCGUUGACCCCCAUUUCUAUAAUCAAACCUCCCAAGAUCGAACAUUUCAUCCAGAGCGGUCCUCAAGAGCUUAGCUCCGGUAAACGAGUUCUAUCCUAUGGUGAGGAUGUAUCAUUCAACGUAAGAUUCCGAUCUAUUUCUAGGAAUGAAGUCUGAAAAUAAGGCUAAGUUAUGCAUAUUACCAGGCUCUCCCUUCAAUAAUGCCUCUCAAGUUUAGAGAGGACGCGACCUACCUCCUGGUAGGCUGUCUUGGCGGGCUAGGAGUGCACGUAGCGCUUUGGAUGGCUCAAAGAGGUGCCAAGCAUUUAGCCUUUCUUUCGCGUGGCGGAACGGCCAAGGAGGAGGCAGCACAAACCGUCCAGACUCUCAUCGACAUGGGGGUUGAUGUGAAGGUUUUGCGUGCCAACAUCAACAAUAAAAAGGAGCUAUCGGACGCUCUCGAGAAGAUCGACAAAAAUUUCCCCAUCCGUGGUGUUAUCAAUGCUGCAACCGUGUUACGUGAUGGCCUUUUCCGCAACAUGUCGUUUCAAGAUUGGCAGGCGGUUACAAAAACCAAGAUAGUCGGGACCUUGAAUCUUCACGAGAUUUUCUCCAAACCCGGGCAACUCGACUUCUUUGUCGUAACAAGCUCCGUCACUGCAACUUUGGGCUCCAGUGGGCAGGCUAAUUAUGGUGCUGGUAAGUACAAGACACAUUCCUUAUUCACGUAAAGUUACACCAAAAGUUUGGCCGUUAACAACAACGCAGCCAAUCGAUUCCUCGACCACCUCUGUCACCACCGCCAAGCCCGUGGGCUUCCAGGCGUCUCCCUAAUCUUGCCUGCUAUCUUUGGCAUCGGAUACCUACUUGCCUUCCCUGAGGUAGCAAAAUCCAUUCGCUCAAAGGGCAUGUACGGCAUUUGGAAACAAGAAAUGCUCGAGGCUUUCGAGGUUGCCAUGACUCCUCAUGACCUUAUAUCAGAUGUGUAUCACAUUGUUGUUGGAGUCCAGCCUCGACGUUACGGCCCUGCAAUCAAAGCGGCAAGCGGAGACAUCUCGCUGGAAGGCGAGAUGCGACUCAGUUGGAUACUUCAGGCGAUCAAGGAGCAGACUGGUGAUACUGGCUCAACCCAGACAGAGGGUGCAACCAGCGGAGUUAGCCCUCUAGUUGCCAUACAGCGUGCGACCUCGAUUGAGGAGGCUGCCGAGGCUGUGACUGAUAUCCUCGCCCGUCGCUUGGCGCGUCUCAUGAUGAUGGAAUUGGAGUCAAUACAUACAACCGGCAAAUCGGUGGCGAGCCAUGGACUGGACAGCAUGAUUGGUGCCGAGUUCCGCAAUUGGAUAUUCCGUGAGUUCAAUGUUGAUGUGCCCUUCCAGCAGCUACUUGCUGGUAGUUUGACGGUGUCGGAACUGGCCCGGACCUUGAGUGAAAGAGUAAAGGAAAGUCACAAGUGA